AUGGUCAAGUCACGGAAAGAAGCAGAGAGCGAAGUCCGAUCUUGGGGUUUCGACCAUGUUUUUACGUGGACCGAUAGCCCCAAUGCGCACUACUCGCCACACAAGCACAGCGGGAAGACGACACAUCUUGUACUCAAUGGCUCUAUAACAUACACAUACCCUGAUGACCCCGACGCGACGAAGGAAACAAUAGGUCCCGGCGCCAGAUGGGAUGUCGAUGCGAACAAGGUGCACGAAGUAUGGGUAGGGAACCAAGGUUGUACAUAUGUCAUUGGAGAAUGA